AACCAGUUCGCGUUUUAUUUUCUUCUUCUUCUUCUUCUUCUUCUUCUUCUUCUUCUUCUAUAUAUACUGUCUUCGUCGUUGUCUCGGCUUUCAAUUCUGAAUUUCUCGCCAUGAAAGCGUAGCCUUGCCAUAAUCCAGAUGGACGUUGUUCAAAUAAAAAACCAAGGUACUUGCGGCAAGGAUAUGUCAGAUGGGCAGUCUGUUUCUCCAGAAAUUUCAUGUACAUGGGAUGACUUUGGAGAACCCGAGGCUCUUCCUCGAAUUGGGGACGAAUACCAGGCAAUAAUCCCCCCUCUUGUGGUCAAAUCAGAUGAUUUUGGGCUCUUGAAAAUUCAAGCUGGUGGUUUACAUGAUAUUUACGUUGGAUUUCCUGCACCAGUAGCAUAUGUUUAUGACGUUGAGAUUUUGAAACAGAAGCAACAUAAUAGCAGUGAUAAUCUUGUUAUGGCAUCAAACCAAAGUAAACAUCCGACUGUGACUGAGAAUCAGGAUGUUUCAGAAGCUCAAGAGGUUAAAUCUUGUGAUGACAUGACAAAUAAGGAUUCGAAACGUGCAACGACUUCAUGCAAUUCAACAAGUUUUCUGUUUCAACAAGAAAUGAAGAUGGAAAUGAAAGAAAGCAAUGUUGGUAAUGGUCAAUGGUUGAUUCCUGAUUCCUCGUAUGAUUCCUGGAGCGACGUAGAAAUGGCGAGUCUUCUCCUUGGAUUAUACAUUUUUGGUAAGAACCUCAUUGAAGUGAAGAAAUUUGUUGGAACUAAACAGAUGGGUGAUAUUCUUUCAUUCUAUUAUGGGAAAUUUUAUGGAUCCGAGAAAUACCGUAGAUGGACGGUAUGUCGUAAAGCAAGAGGCAAGAAAUGUAUAUGUGGACAGAAGUUAUUUAGUGGCUGGAGGCAGCAGGAAUUGUCAUCUCGUUUGUUGUCCUCAUUGUCAGAGGAAAAGCAAAAUAUCCUAGUGGAGGUUUGUAGGGGAUUUAUUGAGGGUAAAGUACGGCUGGAGGAAUAUGUAUUCUCUUUGAAAGCUACAGUUGGGUUGAAUGCCUUUGUAGAGGCUGUUGGAAUUGGUAAAGGAAAACAAGAUCUUACCAGCACUGCCAUGGAUCCAGUUAAGUCUAAUCAUGCUCAUUCAGCCCGGCCAGAAAUACCAAUUGGCAAAGCAUGUUCCACACUUACACCUGUUGAAAUUGUCAAAUUUCUGACAGGAGAUUUCAGGUUGAGCAAAGCCCGAUCAAGUGACCUCUUUUGGGAGGCUGUUUGGCCUCGUUUGUUAGCAAAAGGAUGGCAUUCUGAGCAGGCUAACAAUUACGGUACUGUCGGUUUAAAGCACAGUUUGGUGUUUCUGAUCCCUGGUGUGAAAAAAUUUUGCAGACGAAAACAAGUUAAGGGAGAACAUUAUUAUGACGCCAUUAGUGACGUCCUGAGUAAGGUUGCUUCCAACCCUGUGCUUCUCGACCUCGACAUUGUCGACAAAAACUGCAGCGACAAGGAAGAGAGCGAGUCGUCUGGUCAGCAGCAUUAUUGUUAUCUUAAGCCACGAACGCCCGUUCAUAGUACAAAUACAAUGAAAUUUAUGGUUGUUGAUACAAGUUCGGCUGAUGGAAGCACAUUCAAAGUUCGAGAACUACGAAGUUUGCCAAUUGAAAUCAUAAAUACCUAUGUUUCCAAGAGUCAGUCUGAAGAUGAUGAACAAAUUUCUUCAGAGAUUUCAAUGGAUGAUACUCAAUCUGAUAACACCAUGCAUUUUAAUAAGGAAGUAAGCGACAUUUCCAAAGGCACAAGAAUCAGCUUGGAUGAAAAAGUUCAUAUUGAUGAGGAAACUUGUGUAGGUAAUUCUUCAAACAAGGUGUCUUCAAAUGAUAGCCAACAAAGAGAGGCUGUUCUGCACCAAAUGAGUCAGGGAAAGCCAAAUUCCGCAAGUUGGGAACUAAACACUUGCGGUCAACAAGUAAGCUGCAAUCUAAUUAAAAUAUUCACAGAUCCUGAGCUAAAAGAGGAACACAGUUCAUCUGAUCAUUAUGAUUUAAGCCGCAAUAUUCUCCUUCAAGUUGAUAAUCUACCCCUGUCUUCUUUAUCCAAGAGAAGUACAGUUAUUAGUUAUGUGGAUGAUCCUACUGUUGUUGAAGCUCCACGAAGUAGACAUGUACCUCGUACUUUGAUUGAUCUUAAUUUGCCUAUUCCUCAAGAUUCCGACAGCCAUGGAAGCUCCACCAUGGAAGUAAAAGGACAGAAAACUAGACCAAACAAGUGUUCGGAAAGCCUCGAUAUUUCAGAACGUGACUCGUCCAUGAUUUCUCGAAGACAAAGUAAUCGAAACCGACCUCCAACCACUAGAGCUUUGGAAGCUCAUGCUUUAGGACUGUUGGAUGUAAAACAGAAGCGAAAGAGUAAGGAUGUCUUUCUUGAGGAGAAUUAUAUGUUGGGGACUUCUUCCCAGCACGCUCAUGCAGCAAAGGUGAGACACCUAGAUAAGUUUGGAAAUGGCAUUGUGGAUUUCAAACUAGAGGACAGGGAAAGUAGUGUUUGCAAUGACAAUACUAACAUGUUCCAUAAGCUGGAAGUUUAAUCUGACAAAGAAGUAUCCAUACAAGGCUUACUUUCUCACAAGAACAAAUGAUACUUCGUAACCGUGUUCGGUCCGUUUGACACUAAUCUAUUGAAGCCUCGUGGUGAGCCGAGUCACCUUGCAACUCCCAUGGCUGUCGUCUGCUCAUCCUGUGGAAAUUCAGAUACUAAGCCUCUUUACCAUAUGAACUUGAAUUAGUUGCAUCUCAUCAGUUCGAAUCUCGGUCGAUAUGUCUCUUCGAUCGCUCCGUUCUCAAACUCCCUUAUGUUUUGCACCUGUAUAGUGUCCAGUAUUGAAAGUAGAACUUGUCUCAUGAGUAAUGGCUUCAUCUUCCACCCUCAGAAAUAAAGCUGACCCUUGUUCUAGCUCAUCAAUCCGUCUACGACGAAUGUAAAUACAAAAGAAAACGUCGGUCGGGUCGGGACAAAGAUCUCUAAUGGCUGACUGACACGAGACUAGAAUCAACAGCAGAAGGUUGCUGUAUCUGUUCCUGUUCAGAGCAUACAGAUACCAGAAGCUAAGUUGCCAAUACUGCAGGUACCAAAUUCUUAUCCUUUUACCUCUGGAAUGGAAGAUGGGUAACGUUAUAUAUUUAUUUGUGUUUGAAAAAACAAAAGAUUUAGACAAAGAAACAAACAUAAAUGUGGAUUAACUUAGACGCAACUACUAAUGUUAAACUGUUGGAUUUUGUUUGAUUUU